UUGAUCUGUGUCAUUUUAAUUUUAAACAGAGGAAAAAUUUCCUUUGAUGGCAACUCCAAACCUUUAAAAGUUCAAACUAUUAUUUCUUCAUCUCAAUUAUCAGAUACACUUUAUGGAGAACCUCAAAGUAAACAAAACGAUGAAGUUAAGGCCUCUCUUUCUAUUUUAAACGAAUCUCUAAAUGAUAUUAAAUCCUCAUCUUCUUGUCAGACAGAAGCUCUUGUUCAGAAGCUUCCCCCAGAGAUAUUGAUUCUCAUAUUUAGCCAAUUGCCUUCGGCAGAUCUUCAUUGGAGAAUACCAUCCGUUUGUCGCUACUGGUACUUAAUAUGCAAGGACCCCAUUCUCCUCAAAAGACUCAUUGUAAAGCCUUUCGUGGACCCCGAUACUUUGCUUUUUGGCAUUACUAGCCGUCCGCUAUUGCGUAUCUUCCGUUGUCCAUCUCUUAAAUGUAUAAACUUGGUAAUAGAAGCUGUCUUACAAUGCUGCCCACAUUUGAAAUGUCUGGAUCUUGGCUUCUGCGAAUUGACGUCAGAAAGUGCAUCAAAACUUUAUCUUAAUGCUCCACAAAUGCUGAAGCAUAUAAAUCUGGAAGCCGUCAAAACGGUUGAUGUGGAAUUCGUCGGCGCUCUUGUACAUCGCUGCCCAUUUUUAGAGGCUGUAAAUUUUUCCCAUUGCCCUGGUUUGUCUGAUCUUUGCAUCAGACAUCUUUCCUUGGGUCUAUCACACCUCAAGCGCUUAAACAUUGAUGGAGUAAACUGGCUCUCUGAUGCCUCACUUCAUUAUCUCAAAGAAGGACCCGCUUUUGGGCUUGGUCGGCUACGUGCUAUCUGGCUCGAUGGUUAUGAAUUGACCAGUGAAGCACUUCAUGAUUUCCUAUCUAAUUUGUCCCAGGUUUGUAAUUUCACCAAAGUUUCAUUUUAUUUAGCCAAUUCUUUAAUUCAUUCAUUGUUUUUAAAUGGUAAGCGCUUUAUAUUAUUUUUAGAAUUAGAGCUAGUUACACAUUCUAAAGCAGGGCUUCAGAGAAUAAUUCAUACUUUGUUUUUCCCACUUGGUCAUAUUUGUAGAAAGACUUAUAAGAACGCACCUAGUCCGGAGUCUAUUGUAUGCAUGAUAAUUUCCAGAGUCGGACCGUGA